AUGGGGAUUCAGGCACGUGACGCCAUUCUACAGCAGCACCACCCUUCCGCUUCGAUGGCUACGCCCUCGCCUUCGCCUUCGCCCGCACCUGGUUUGGGGCCGACCAGCAAGCAGGCGAGCAAGGGACCCCGCCACGCCGACGCAGCCGGCGUUUGUGGUUGCAUCGUCUUCUACCAGCACCACGCCUCCUCCUACGACGGCACGGACGACGACCCCUUCGGCAACGCCUCCGCCGGCUACUACACGUUCCACGGCUACCUCAGCAAGCGCGGGGGUCAGCCCCGGCGGGACAACCGCACAGGCAAAGCAACGGUGCCGAAGAAGACGCCACCAGCCAAGCCAACUGCGGCCGCCGCACCCGCCGCGCCGCCUGGAACGGUUAAGCCUGGAGUGGUGGCUCAUAUCGGCAAGCGCCCUCCCGUGGUACCCGCGGCGCCUUUCGAGGACACGACAGCCCAGGACGUCGAGCUCAUGGUGGACAGGCCAGUUGGGACAGCCAAGGUCCCAUCGCCGUCGCCACCGCCGCCCGCCGCUUCGCUGGGCUACCUCGACUUGAUCGUGCCGGACCUCGAGGACCACAUGCUCCAAGCGCCCACGACUAAGGCUUUGCCGCCAGUGCCGGAGUCGCCUAUGUCAAGUGAGCAAGCCGAGGAGGCGCAAGGAAGCUCGGAGGAGGACAGCGACGAGCCGGUCGCAGUGGAGCCGUGGCCUAGGGCCGAGGACGACGAUGACGCCCCGGCACAGCCCGCCCUCGCAAUGCCAGCAGCCCCGAGGGAGCCAGCCACGGACAACGACGCGGGCGCCGCGCAGGAGACUGGUGGGGAGGAGCAGCCGGCUGCCUCGUCAGCCGACCUCCCGCAGACCGCUGCCGCUGGUGACCCGGACGACGCUCCUUUGCCACCGCCGAAGUUCCCGCCACCGGACGUCGUGGAUAGGGAGAGGAGGCGAGCAGAGCGCCGCGCCAGAGAAAGGGCCGAGCGCGAAGCAGAGCGAGCCGAGCGUGAGGCCGCCGAGCGCGCUACGCUCGAUGCGUGGGCCGGUUUCCCGGACCCUUGCAACGUCUUGCAGAACGAGCCGAACAGCAUCUGGACGUUGCCGCAGGGAAUCUUCCCUUUGCCGCCUCGCCGCGCGCCGCCAAAAAGAGUGAGGUUGGGUCUUGCAGGUGUCACAGAAACCGUUAGGGUAGAGUGCCGCGCGCCCGCUCGCGCCAUGUCAACAUACGACUUCACUUGCUUUAACGACUUGAUUCGCGCGUGCUUCGACGCGGGCCUCGGGACCGAAGUCGUGGACUUGCUGAGCGAUGAGCUCAUUGAGAGCAUCCAUGACGCCGCGCAACGCAUUGAGUCGGUCUCUCCGAACCUCGCCGCGCACAUCACAGUUUUGACUGAGCAUUCGGGAUACCACCCGAAGAUGGCCGCAGUGCAAUUGGAACAGGCCAAGCAUCCGUUGCCCCGCUCCCUCGCAGAGGCACGGACAGGGGCUCUGCGCGGCCAAGGUCAGGGCUCCGCGACACCAGCGCGCCAUGACCUGCCGCAAAUUCGCACCUCAGCAGGGGGGCUUCUGAGUCGAGCCAUAGCUGCUGCCAAGCCGGCCAACGCACAACAUGCCCUACAAGACUUUCGCGACAACAUCUAUGCUCGCUCCGCCCGGGCUCCUCUGGACGCAAGAUGGACCACGUGGUGCAAAAUUUGCUCGGCAUGGGGCCAAGAACCAGUCCCAUUGACUCCAGAGCUGAUCGAGAUGGUUGGCGCAAGCUUUCGCUUCGGGGGGUAUCGCAGUUCAGCACAAUACUUCUCACGAGCCCGGAAAGAACACAUUCGGGUCACUGGCAUGCCGGCACCGGCUGCAGUUGAGCUGGCGAUCCGGGACGCCAUCCGCUCCAUCGAGAGAGGUAUGGGUGCCAACGCGGCCAAGGACGCCUUCCGCCUCGACGCCCUGGACUUUGACUUUACCUCCAAGGGCGCGAGUUUCUCGCUGGCACAUGGCAUGGUGGUCUUGGGCUCUUGGUUCUUGUGCAGAGAAAUCGAGCUCGCCAACCUCCGCGUGAAGCACAUGGCGGUAGACACCGCCGCCAAACAAGUCACGUUGACACUGGCCUCGAGCAAGACUGACACAGUGGGAAGCCUGGUGCAUCGCAGACACUCCUGCUACUGCGGUGUGGUUCCUGAGAACAUAUGCCCGUACCACGCAGCGCUGCGCAUCGCCGACGAGUGCUCCGUGGACCCACAGGAUUUUCUCUUCUCACCGACACCAGGCCUCCCGCUCAGCAAGCCCCAGACCAUCGAGCUGAUCCACGAGGUAUUGCAGUCGGCCGGGGUCAGUCUUUCCAGACCAGGCGCCCCGGACGAGCCCGAUGUGCAACGCUUCGGGGGUCAUUGCCUUCGCGUGUCGGGCGCACAACAUCUUUGCCGCAUGCGCAUACCGGUGUCUACCAUUAUGCUCCUUGGUCGCUGGGGAAGCCGCGCAAUUGAACGAUAUGUUCAAGAAACUGAGCUCGAGGACCUCUUCCCGGUCGCUCCGUCUGCACCGCCCACGACGCCAACGCCCAGCCCGGCCAUCGCGGACACCGCCAAGGAGCCGGACUUACGACAGUGGACCUUGGUCCAGCCGUCGGAUCAGGUACACGAGCCGGCGACACAUGCGGCCAAGAAGCCCCGCACGACCGGCAGCGCCAAGGAGGACACGCAGAUCUCCUCUCUCCUGGGCACCCUCGACGGCAUAGCAGAGAGGCUCGAGGCGAUACAGGACAGACCCGAUCUGGUCUGCAAGUCCAAGGCGCACGCUCGCGAUCCCGAGGAGUCAGCACUCCCGCCAGUGCAAUGGCGCGCAAAGUGCGGUUGGGCGUACGGUUACGCCAAGUUCACUAGAGCCCACGACGAUGGCUCCAAGGCACUGUGCCGGAAGUGCUUUCCGGAGAGCUCGGCAGCCUCGUCUGCCAAAACGGAACAGGCGCAG